GUCGCGCGAAGAUUGCUGGGCGGUUCUUGCCGGAAGUGGAGAGCGGCUGAUCGCAGUCCCGAGGUGAUACAUUAUGGCUGACAUGCAAAAUCUGGUAGAAAGAUUGGAGAGGGCAGUGGGCCGCCUGGAGGCAGUAUCCCAUACCUCUGACAUGUACCGUGGGUAUGGAGACAGUCCUUCAAAAGCAGGAGCAGCCCCAUAUGUGCAAGCAUUUGACUCACUGCUUGCCAGUCCUGUGGCAGAAUACUUGAAGAUCAGUAAAGAGAUUGGGGGAGACGUUCAGAGACAUGCAGAGAUGGUCCACACGGGUCUGAAGUUGGAGCGAGCUCUCUUGGUUACAGCUUCUCAGUGCCAGCAGCCAGCAGGCAAUAAGCUUUCUGAUUUGUUGGCACCCAUCUCAGAGCAGAUCCAAGAAGUGAUAACCUUUCGGGAGAAGAACCGAGGCAGCAAGUUGUUCAAUCACCUGUCAGCUGUCAGCGAAAGUAUCCAGGCCCUGGGUUGGGUGGCUAUGGCUCCCAAGCCUGGCCCCUAUGUGAAAGAAAUGAAUGAUGCUGCCAUGUUUUAUACAAACCGAGUCCUUAAGGAGUACAAAGAUGUGGAUAAGAAGCAUGUGGACUGGGUCAAAGCUUACUUGAGUAUAUGGACAGAGCUGCAGGCUUACAUUAAGGAGUACCAUACCACCGGACUGGCUUGGAGCAAAACGGGGCCUUUGGCAAAAGAACUGAGUGGAUUGCCAUCUGGACCCUCUGCUGGAUCGGGUCCUCCUCCCCCGCCACCAGGCCCACCUCCCCCACCAGUCCCCACCAGCUCAGGCUCUGAUGAGUCUGCCUCACGCUCAGCACUAUUUGCACAGAUUAAUCAGGGGGAGAGCAUCACACAUGACAAGUGUGUCAACACAACAUUGCAAGUCAAGGGCAAAAUUAACUCCAUUACAGUAGACAACUGUAAGAAACUUGGUCUCGUAUUUGAUGACGUGGUGGGCAUUGUGGAGAUAAUCAAUAGCAGGGAUGUCAAAGUUCAGGUAAUGGGUAAAGUGCCAACCAUUUCCAUCAACAAAACAGAUGGCUGCCAUGUUUACCUGAGCAAGAAUUCUCUGGAUUGUGAGAUAGUCAGUGCCAAAUCUUCUGAGAUGAAUGUCCUCAUUCCUACAGAAGGCGGUGACUUUAAUGAGUUCCCAGUCCCUGAGCAGUUCAAGACCUUAUGGAAUGGGCAGAAGUUGGUCACCACAGUGACAGAAAUUGCUGGAUAAGCGAAGUGCCACUGGGUUCUUUGCCCUCUCCCUUCACACCAUGGGAUAAAUCUGUAUCAAGACGGUUUUUUUCUAGAUUUCCUCUACCUUUCUGCUCUUAAAUUGCUUCUCUACUCUGAGAAGCACAGCUACCUGCCUUCACUGAAAUAUACCUCAGGCUGAGAUUUGGGGUGGGAUAGCAGGUCACUUGAUCUUCUGCAGGAAGGUUCAGUUUUUCCAUAUCAGCUCAACUACACCACCAGUCCAUUCUUAAGGACUGGUGCAUUUUAGCUUUCAGCUUUUGGGGGUUAUUCUACCAACAGUCCUUUGGGAAGAAUAAAACAGUCCUGGGAAUUAACAGAUCAGACUGUUCGUACUAAUCUUUUUCAAACAAUGAGCAUGAGGGUAGCAGAAGCUGGUGUGAUUUCAGAUGGUUCUCCUAACUAAACUAAUUUUUCACUGUUGAUAAGUGAGAUGAGGGUUGCACUGGACCAAAUACUGAGGUUUAGCCAUCUAGCAUUCCAAGCAGAAUUGUUUCCUAUAAGCAUUCCUUUCAUUCUGCAUUCCAUCCUGGGUCUGCCUAAACCAUGAGGUCGGCAGCAGCUUCCACAGCAGUGCCCUUCAUUCAGGGCAGUUAAAGGAGUCUUCAACCCUUUCUUUGGGAUCCCUUCCCAGCACCUUCCUACAGAGAUGACUUUAAAAGAAAGGGAAAUAUAAAAAGGGAUUUUUUUUUACCCAACACACCAUUCCAAGGAAUGUGGAAUUCUUUCCUCUUUCUCUGCCAGUGCCUGUCAUCCUUCUUCAUUGCCUCCUUUUCCUUGGUCAUGCUCAACAGCUUAUGGUUCUGUCUAGUCACCUAAACAGAGGAUUAAAACCUCCACUGCAGGCUGGUUUUAGGUCUUGGUUUAUGUAAGAAUCUUGCACAGCACUGCUAAUGUAAAUUUCAGUUUUUUCCCUGUAGGACAAACACUUUUCAAAUAUGCAACUUUUUUUGGUGGGAAGAGAGACUGUCCUGUGACUUAUACCCAUUUCCUGAGGCCUGUGGAAAUAAACCUUUAUGUACUUAAAAUUAUAGAGAAAAUAGAAUAAAGUUAAUACCAAACUUG